GGGCAGGAGGAAUCCAUAAUCCAGGGCACUCAUUCCUUCUUUCUCCCCCAAAACCAGGAUUUGUCAUUCCCAAGGUGUGGCCGGAUGGAGGAGAAGGAGGAAAAAGCCCAGAGAUCCUACAGAAGGAGGGGCUGCAAACUCAAUCCAGGGAGCUGUGAGGAGGAAAGACCCUCCCUGUGCCGGGAAAGCAGCCGGAGAUCCAGGCAGAGCUCAGAGCUGGGGGAGAAGCCCCACAAGUGCUUGGAGUGUGGGAAGGGCUUCAGGUACAGGUCCCAGCUGAUCCAGCACCAAAUGAUCCACACAGGGGAGAAGCCCUUCGAGUGUGGGGAAUGUGGGAAGCGCUUCAGACAUCGCAGCAGCCUGAUCCAGCACCAGCAGAUCCACACUGGGCAACGUCCCUAUGAGUGUGGGGAAUGUGGGAAGAGCUACAAGUGGAAGUCUACCUUCAACAAGCACCAGAAGUUCCACAGUGGGGAGCAGAUCUAUGAGUGUCUCAAGUGUGGGAAGAGGUUUCAGACCAGCUCCUGUCUCCUCCUCCAUGAGCGGAUUCACACAGAUGAGAGGCCCUUCCGCUGCCCCGAGUGCGGGAAGGGC